AUGUUUGCCACAGCUUCCCCGGCACUCCAACGAGCUAAAGCAAUCUUGAUGAACACCUUUGAAGAGUUUGAGAAGUCAACUCUAACCGUCCUGAAUCACGACAGGAUCAUCGAAGGCUUGCCCCCACUACUGCCGAUCAUAUCAUUGGUUGAUGAAUAUGAUGACCACGACGAGGAGACCAAAUCAGAGAAUGUCAGGGAACUGUUGGGAGACUCAGUUUGGCAUGAGAAUGGAAGAAGGGGAAUGGUGAUGAAAAGUUGGGUGGACCAGGACGAGGUUCUAGCCAGCUCGUCGAUCGGGGGGUUUGUGUCGCACUGCGGGUGGAACUCGGUGACGGAGGCCAUGUGGGCCGGAGUGCCAGUGCUUGCAUGGCCUCAUAGGGGGGACCAAAGAGUAAAUGCACAGGUCGUGGAGGAGUCCGGUCUCGGGGUUUGGAUGAAGGAGUGGGGGAUGGGGACCCGGAGUGGUUUAGUAAAUGGGGAAGAGAUCGGGGAGAAGAUCGGAGAGUUCAUGAGGGAUGAGAACUUGAGGGAAAGGCUAGGAAAAUCGGGGAAGAGGCUCGGAAGGCCGUUGAUGCUGGCGGAAGCUCCCAUGAGACGAUCACCAAAGUGCUCAAGAGUCUUUAGUUUUCGAAAAUUAGAUGGGGCUAAACAUCUAUAA